GACCUCACCGAUGCCGACCCGUCCAAGCUCCCUUCGUGUUUUCCUGAUGUCGGGAGACCAUGCAAUUGGGAAGCAGGACACCUACGAUACAUCGUUCGGGUCCUGGAAGCACCCGAAGGGCGCAUUUUCAGCGAUCCGUUCCUCGACUCCUCUGCUGCUAUGGGAUCCGGAACCUAUGUACAUCGGCGUGAAGAAGAUGAUGCAAUUCCACGAUCUAAACGGAGUCAAGCAAUGCUGGACUAUGAUCCAGUAUCAUCUGUUGGAUCAAGCAGAAGAUCAGGGCAUGCCUCUGUUACAGGAACUCUUUGUGGGUGUCGAAAUCGAUGUUGGGGGAAGAAUCAAUUGUUGGGAUGACGAGCUAAUGCUUUGUGUGGUCUUACGAACGGAAAAUAUUUCGGAUUCCCUCGACAACCUUUUCAGUAUAUGUAAUCCCAGAGAUUUCGAUACGCAGGGCCAUUGUCUCCUGUGCGUGAAGAGCAGUUGAAGAGAUGCAUGGCUUCGUCGAGUAAGGGCGUCACAGCGAGAAUCAGCUCCAUGGAGUUGAACUACAACCAAAGCCAAAACGCACGAAGUCAGAUAUCUGGAAGGAUUUUACACCGAUAUGUGUGAAAGAUGCUAACGGCAUGUACAAAUUAGCAUACGGGGUGUGCCACGGCUGUGACAAGUCGUUAAAAGCACCCUCAAAGAACGGCACAAAUACCCUGUGGACGCAUAAAGGAAACUGCGGGUGCAAGAAACUGAAGCAACAGACAGAACAUUAGGUGAUAUGCUCUGCAUCUUUAGAGCAUGUACAAUGCAACGUGCUAAGACAUGUGUUUACGAAAAUAAAUCAAGCACUUUUUUAAGCACCAGUGCUUAUUUGUAUAGACUAGGUGUCAAGUUAGGCAUCUGCUUAGUCUAAAUAAGCAUUAGUGCUUAACAAAAACCGGUUAUUUUUUCUAAGCACCCAUCUAGACAUCUUGCAUUGUACAUGCUCUUAUAAUGGUAGAAAUUAGAAGUAGAACUAGGUACAGGAAGGGGAACUCUACCUGUUUUUAAUUCCGAAAUAGGACGAUGUCUUUUUUUUUUCCCAUAGAGCCAACUCGACGUCAACAUUUGGACUGGGUUUUUUUACUCGUCCGAAAAAAAAUGUGCUGCAAUUUUGCUAAUGAUCUGCUACUACCUUGAGUAAUGAAAUUCUUUUACGUAAUGACCUGCAGUUUUUUUAUUGGAGUCUUACCUGUCUCUUACUAUUGGAGUAGUUUAAUUUACAGCUCGUCAUGCCCGACUAUCCCACACACACGCUAAGAAAACCGGCCGAUCCCGCUGUUAACUUUAAUCUCCUUUGCAAACUGAAUGAUAUGUCAUGAAUCUCUUUCCAACUUUCCAAUCCUCCGCAAAAAUAAAAUAAAAUGAACCUCCUUCCGAUCUGAAUGGAGCCGACAGUCCCCGUCGGAUGGGGGGCAGAGAGAAGCUGGGAGCUGGGCGCAGGGGAACUUGUGAGCGGCGGCGCGGGCCGGCGGUAGAUGACCCCGUCGAAGUGGGAGCGGAGGGGCCUGCCGUCUGCCGGCGUCCUUUACUCCUUUCCCGCGCUCCUGCCUGUUCGAAAGGAUACUUAAAAACUGUCAAUAUGGGUAUUUUGAUUAAAAAAACCCUCCAACAACAUACGCAUAUUUGUUGGAUACCCAUAUUUUUUUGGGUAGCUACCUAUAUUGUAGCCCCAAUACACAAAUAUGGGUAUUUCCGGCUACACUACCCAAACGAUCCAAAAUCAACAUGCGCAGCCAACUGUCACGAGCGGGAACUUUCCGUGCGUCCCGCGUCCUCCGCCGCCCGUGAAAUCAAGCUGCCGCCGGCAAGCUGGAGUAGGCCGGCGACCUCCCCGCCCCGCCCGACCACUCCUCCGUCCUCGUUGGUGCCCCUGCCGGCGUGCCCGUCGCCCCCCUGCCCACAGUCGAGCCCGCAACAGGCGCCGCCCCCAAGCCAAAGGCCCAUCGGCGGCUAGGGCUCGCGAUUCCGACGGCUGGACCGCGCCACCGCGGUCCUCCCAGGACCCCCGCACCUGCAGCGCACCUCCCUGCCCUGAGACGGCCGGCCGACUCCCUGCCCAAGCACGGACCCGACCUGCACAGCCCCGCCCGACCAACCACGUCGUUGUGCUCGAAGAAGGAGACGAUCGGCUCUGCUUCCUGCCGUUGGAGAACAUGAAUAUCUUAACAACACGUGGUCCCUCUAAAAAAAACGUGGUGACCGCGGCAGGCGAGUAUCUUAAGAGAAUUUAAGUAAUGACAGUUUAACGAGAAAACCUGGCCAUCAGCCAUCAGGCGACUGGAUUUUGCACAGGAGGCAACGUUGUAGCUACCGUGGAAAUUUGUCGUUCCCCUCGCCUCUGGCGCUAUCUCGGCGCUGUGAGGUGAGGGUAACAUCAGAUCUUCCUAUAUGUUUUCAAGAAGACUUCAGUUUUAUAGAUUGUGUGUUUCUCGCCGGGGAAGUUAUGGUGGAGGAUUUGGCGUCGUUGAGAAUAAAGAUA